AUGGGCCGAGCACUUCCGAGGCGUCACGCCGCCAUCGCCCGCUUGCCGCAAGUGGAGACCAACGUGGACCUCGACCUCCCGCCAUCUCUCCAGGAGACCAUCAGGGCCGUGCAGCAACUCUCCAGCGGGAAAGCACCCGGAUCGGACGCAAUCCCUGCUGAGGUCUACAAGCACGGAGGUCCCCAAAUAAUGGAUCAUCUGACUGCGCUCUUCCAGGAGAUGUGGCGUCAAGGUGAACUCCCGCAAGAUUUCAAGGACGCAACUAUCGUGCACCUAUACAAGCGAAAAGUGAAUCGCCAAGUCUGCGACAAUCACCGCGGCAUCUCCCUACUGAACAUCGCCGCGAAGAUCUUCGCUCGCAUCCUGCUCAACCGCCUCAACAUCCAUAUGGAACAGGGCCUUCUGCCGGAAAGCCAAUGCGGAUUCCGUCGUCAUCGUGGGACCACGGAUAUGAUCUUCGAAGCCCGCCAACUUCAGGAGAAGUGCCAGGAGAUGUGGACCCACCUGUACUCUACCUUCAUGGACCUGACGAAAGCCUUCGACACGGUGAAUCGUGAAGGACUGUGGAAGAUCAUGCAGAAAUUCGGCUGUCCGGAGCGAUUCACUCAGAUGGUGCGUCAGCUGCACGACGGUAUGAUGGCGCGAGUCACGGACAACGGCGCUGUCUCAGAGGCAUUCGCUGUGACCAACGGAGUGAAGCAGGGCUGUGUGAUGGCGCCUACCCUCUUCAGUCUUAUGUUUUCUGCCAUGCUGAUGGACGCCUACCGCGACGAACGCCCAGGAAUCCGCAUCGCCUAUAGAACGGACGGUCAUCUCCUGAAUCAACGGCGCAUGAACUUCCAAUCGCGUGUAUCCACAGCCACCGUGCUCGAACUCCUCUUCGCCGACGACUGCGCCCUGAACACCACCUCGGAAGAGGAGAUGCGACGGAGCAUGGAUCUAUUCUCCGCCGCCUGCGAGAUCAUGGGCUGGUCAUUAACACGCAGAAGACGGUGGUGA